GCGAGAAUGGACAGGAUUCAUUACGGACUUUGCGGCGUGAAUGCGAUCCAGGGGGCACUUUUCCUUGGUCGAGCUGGCAUGGAGAUCAGUGGUGCCAAAGAGCAUUGUGAGAACGAUUUCGACGAGGUGGAGAAGCUACGGUGUGCGGCGAACAGCCAAGGCGCCUUCGCUGCUUUCGCUGUGACGAGUCACGUCCUCGCGGAGGCAACCGCUCAAUGUCAAGAGAGUAUGGGCAAGCUGAACCUGAAUGGCUUCUGUGCUGCGUCGGCCAGCCAGAUCAUCCAUGCUUUGACG